GGCUGGGGCACCGCGGACAGGAGCGCUUCAACGCGACACGAGACACAAGUAGACGGACAAAACCUCUCGAGGUGCAUUGCUGAAGGCAGGAAUGGGAUGAGAUUCAAAUAAUGCCACUCGGAGAAUUCGCAGGGCAGAUAUUUCACAGAGACGCAAAAGUGAGGUGCAAGUCAGGUUUGCGCAUCGCUACUGAAGUGCCCGGGGACUGGAGAGAGAGGCAGUAGAAUGGACCACCACCAAGAUUUGACCACCAUCAUUCAAAUGCUAUCAGGUGCCUGAAGCGGGGCUUGCUCAGUGGGCACGGUAGGUCACUGAUACUAGGGACCCAGACCUCUCCCCAAUGAAGGUGUCCUCCUGGUGGGUAAGCCUGGCAUGGCUUGGCCUGCUCGCCAUCUACACAUGGAGCUCCCUGGUCCAGGGGUGCGGGCCAGGCCCUGGGUACGGCUUCCGCCAUAGGUCCAGGAAACCCACCCCCAUGCCUUACAAGACCUACUUCCCCAAACUUUCUGAGAACAACCUGGGUGCCAGUGGGAGGUCAGAGGGCAAGAUCACACGCAACUCAGAACGCUUUAAUGAACUGGUGUGUAACUACAACCCUGAUAUCAUCUUCAAAGAUGAGGAGAAAACCCUUGCUGACCGCUUCAUGACCAAGCGCUGUAAGGACUGCCUCAACAAGCUAGCCAUAGCGGUGAUGAACCACUGGCCUGGGACGAAGCUGAGGGUGACAGAGGCCUGGGAUGAGGAUGGCCAUCACCCCCCUGACUCUCUUCACUAUGAGGGGAGGGCCGUGGACAUCACAACGUCGGACCGCGUCCUAGACAAGUACGGCAUGCUAGCCCAGCUGGCUGUGGAGGCUGGCUUCGACUUUGUGUACUAUGAGUCCAAGCACCAUGUGCACUGCUCUGUCAAAGCUGAUCACUCAGUGGCAGUGGAGAAAGGGGGCUGUUUCCCCGCCUGGGCCUGGGUGAGUGUAGCCGGAGGCGGACAGAAGACCCUGGCGUCCCUGGAGUCUGGAGACAGAGUGUUGGCCCUGUCUGAGUCAGGACACGUCGUCCUCAGCCGUGUCCUUCUUUUUUUACACCAGGACCAUGAGAGCAGGUCCACUUUCCUCGUCCUGACCACACAAGAUGGCCACCGCCUUGCCCUUACUCCCCACCACCUGGUCUUCCUGGCCCCCCAUUACAAACUCCACCACAGUGAGUACCAGGCUCGGUUCGCCAGUAGAGCAAAACGGGGAGACAAUGUACUCGUCCAUGGAGCAGACGGUCGACUACAACCAUCUCGGAUCGUUUCGAUAUCACAGGAGGAAGGGAUGGGAGUUUACGCACCCCUGACUGAACACGGCACUCUGUUUGUGGAUGGGGUGCUGGCAUCCAGCUAUGCACUUAUAGAGGACCAUAGACUGGCACACUGGGCGUUUGGGCCUCUGAGACUGCUGCUCUCGGUCAUCCAGCUAGUUCGGGGGGAGGUCACACAGGGGGCGCAUGUCACAGAAGCAGAGAGAGAGCACACGAAGACGCCCACUCACUGCAACACUCACCAGAAGAGCCUGAGAGUUUGGGGGAAUCAGAAACUCAGCAGCCCAGGCGUGUAUGUGAAUACAAACACUUCCGACAGACAAAGUAAUUGGACCUCUGUACCCAUAAACAGAGACAUUGAGGGAGGGAACUGUGACUCCGUGCGAGAUAAAGUUCUGAGUGUGCACUGGUAUGCUAGGCUGCUACACCGGCUUGGACAGAUCUGUCUAGACCCGGAGACAUUUCAUCCCUAAUAUAAAAUAUACUGUACUGUUACAUUUACACCAUGUCCUACUGAGAUACAUUUCCACUAACGCUCAUAUUCUUUUGCCCCAUCUCUUACUGCUGCAACCCAAUUUUAAACCUUAUGCACUGAAAGGGCGUAUUUGCAUCUUACUCACCGGUAUUUGCAUUGUAAUGUAUUUAUAUAUUCACAUUGUACCUCCUCUUUUACAUUCAGUAAAUGUGUUAACGGUUGUUUGGUUAUGGUGACUGAAGAAUCGGCCCGUCUUCAAAAGGUAACGCUUAAAAUGUGUCAUAAAAUGGUUUUAUACGAGUUCAUUCCUGAGAGAAAUGAACUCGUCAUAAUAACUACUGCAUCAGCAUAAAAUGUCUAUGUAUUGUCAAGAAUCCAUUGUAUAUGUAUCUAAUUAAGAUAACAUCUAUAAGUCAACAGACAAUGUGGUUUUCCUAUUUACUUUAUCAUUCUAAAACAAUGAGGAAAUAUGAGUAUGUACCAGAAACAAUCAAAUAUUUAUUUUUGUACUUUCUGAAUCAUAAUAUAUAAAUGUAGCAAUUUAUACAAAACGAAAAUGUAAAACGCAACAUGUAAAAGUGUUGGUCCCAUGUUUCAUUAGCUGAAAUAAAAGAUCCAAGAAAUGUC